CUUCUCUCUGUCAUUUCUCACUUGCCGUCUCUAUCCUCGCCAAAACUUGUUCGUUCCCAUUAAUCCCUUCAAAUCUGCACCGCCACGUCUGACGUUCCGUCUCCAUUUGCCCUUUUCGAAUCUUCUGACAACACCGGCCAUACACCUCCAAUACCUGCUUCUACACAGAAAACGUUCAUAUUCCCGUCGACCCCAGUCCUUCCAAUCCCGCUACCCUCUCGCCUCAACUAUCCUGGCCAACUUGCGGCUAUAGAUUUCAGUACAUGGUACGCUGGCUCUACCCCUGCUCAACUUUCUAGACCCUGUGGCUGUCCCUUGCCCGUUAUCACAUGCCCGCAUUAUUACCCCUUCCUACCCAUCUCAUUCAUCGCUUUUGAAACUGCCAUAUCCACCCUGGGAAUUGUUCAACAUCAGUCUUAAAGCCUUGCACGUUCGUCGCAUCCCUGGAUUUUGUUUGCGCGACCAUUCCACUGUGUCGUCUCCCCAACCCUGGCGUUCGGCCAAUGAAACAGGCCCUGUUACAGCUACCGGAACGAAGCAUUUGGUUGACCCUCCCGGGAACCCUCGAGCACGAGCCUUUUCUCUGGCCUGCAGCUUGUAUGUCAAUUACGUCUAAUCUUCAUGCUGGAUCACAGAGCCAUGUCCCUUUGCCCUUGUCUACCCACCGCAAACCUGGAUGUCUAAGCGAAAAUGCUACUGCCAAUGACCAGGGCCACUUCCCCGGCUUUGCAUUAACUGCGGUCUUCCCUGCCGUCCACCGGAUUUGAUUUACUUGACUUGCCUCACAUUGCAUCCCGGUCUUGUCAACGCGCCGUUCCUUUUUGUGGCAUUUUUACCUUGAACAGUACCUUACCUUGGAUCGAGCUUGUGCUGACAUAUGGAUCCUCAAUGCAGCAUCGAGCACCACAACCCUAUCAGAACGUUGCUUCGCUGCCUCACAACCCGCAGUCGCGACCAUUGAACAACAAUCAGACCCCUCAGCAGUCUUACGGGUCGCCCAACGUCUUUACGCCGCAGUCCAAUAUUCACUCGCCAUUUCUGAAUAGUCAACCGCCGUUUCCAGGACACCAAGCCUCCAGCGACGCGCCCAACUACUAUCAGCCAAACCAGAGCCCGAGAAGCCAAAGUAGUGGCGUAGGACCUUAUUAUCCCGCUGAAAAACCCGAUUCUAUGGCAGCAACAGCGACCAUGCAGCGGCCCUACCCUCCAAUAUAUACGCCGCAAUCCAAUUCACCAGCCUCAGUGACUUCACCCCAGUCGCACGACCACGGCCGACCGAUGUAUGGCCAACCUGGCUCUCAAUUGAGCCAACCGCUAUAUGGCUAUCCGCCCUAUCAGUCGAUGAACCAGGUACAUCAACCCGCAUAUGGCGGUCAUCACGGACAGCCUCAACAGCAUCAAAUGCAGUCACAACCCAUGUUGUCAUAUCAGUCUACGACACCUCAAAUUCCCCCAGGCUCCCAGCAUCAUCCCACUAUUUCAAGCAGCCCGAGGCUGAAAGAAUCAACUCAGACGUAUCAGCAGACACCGCAAGCGCGACCUGGAAUGCUCCCUCAGCAACAGCAGCCGCAACAACCUACCCCAAAUCCUCCGAAUCCUUCCCUAUCAGAUUACAAGCAAACCCUACAACAAGCGCAGCAGCCGCAACAGCAGCAACAACAGCCGCCACCCAAUAUGCCACCAAACAUGCCGCCCAAUUCAAACGCCGCUCCGGGGCCGAUCCCCGCUACAACCCCUCUGGUGGUCCGACAGGACGGGAACGGUGUACAAUGGAUUGCCUUCGAAUAUUCUCGAGAUCGCGUCAAAAUGGAAUACACGAUUCGGUGUGAUGUGGAAUCGGUGGACCCCAGUGUUAUGUCACAAGAGUUCAAGGCCGAGAAUUGUGUGUAUCCGCGGGCUUGUGUGGCGAAGGAUCAGUACAAGGGCAAUCGACUUGCCUAUGAAACCGACUGCAACCAAGUCGGUUGGGCGUUGGCAGAACUGAACCCGUGCUUGAGGGGGAAGCGUGGAUUGAUUCAAAGAGCCGUCGACAGCUGGCGAAAUAGCAAUCGAGAUCCACGCUUGAGGAGUCGGCGGGUCAGACGGCAAGCCAAGAUGAACAACAGAUCAAAAGUGACACCUUCAGCUGCAAGCCAGCCGCCUGGUCAAGCUGGUCCCGUCUCGACAGGGCUGCCUGGCCCAAAUUCCAUGCCGGCUCCGAGCACUAGGACGCCGGGCGCCCUAGCCAACGCCCCGAGUCAAACUCUACAUCACCAGCAGGACGUCUCUCCUACCGCACAUAACACUGUUGGAGCUUCGCCCUACAACACUGCGCCUCAAGGAUAUCGUCAAGACUCGGCUAGCCAACAUAUGCCUAGCCCCAACGACAUCCGUCAAAGCCACGUUUUCCCCGGCUACACAAACUAUCCACAAGUACCAUCUUCAAUGGCACCGUCCAUGGCACCACCAAUGCAAGGAGGGUUACAUCACCUUGGACGACCAGGAGGGACCGCUGCCAUGACCUCAAAAGACCUAGAAGCUAAGAACGAGGAGGAUAACGCAUUGUUCGGCGACUUACCGGAAAACAAACGACGAAAAUUCAUUCUCGUGGAGGACACUCAGAAGAAUGCCCGGGUUCGAGUCAAAGUCACUUUGGAUCAAAUCGAGAUGAGCGAAAUCCCCGAUUCCUUCCGCAAACAAAACUCUGUUUUUCCCCGCGCCUAUUUCCCGGUACAGAUGCAGACGGCCCCUGAGUCGACCCGCAGUGAUAGGUUUGCGGAGGAAGGGGAGGAAGUUGAUGGUGGUGCACCUACGCUUGGCAAAGCAGUCGUUUCUGUGCAAACCACCGACGGUGAAGCGGAAGUCGACGUCCCUCAAAUCUCCAAGAGCAAGCGUGGCCGCGAGCAAAAGAUCAACGAACUAGGGCAUCGCAUGGCGUGGGGCCAAGGUCGAGUGUUUUCGAAACGCCCGAUAUUCCUCGCUCGUGCUCUGGACGCCUAUCGAAGCAAACAACGCAAUGCCCUCCUGGAGGCCGCAUCGGAUCCAUCCACCAUUCCUGCCCAUCUCGAAACCCGUCCAGGCAAGCGGAAGUGGCUCGAGAGAACAAGGCCCGUCACUCAACCUAUGACUCCUCCUGCUGCAACCGACUGAGAUACUGGUCUUUCUUCGGAUGAGCGACACAUGCCACGAAAGCCGUUUUCGAAUUUUGCGCAAUGAUACCCCAACAAGUACAGUUCCGACAAUGUCGAGUGUACAUUAUUCCAGCCCGCGCCGGUUUCAGUGCGGGCUCUGCAAUGAAUCUAUGAAUGAAAAACAAAAAAGUCGAAAUUGUUUGAGCGAUACCCACAGGUUUUUCGGGCAUACUGGAUUUUGUUCUUUUUUUCCCUUUUCGAGGGACUGUUUGUUGUAGGUAUUGGUAGUUUACGCCUCUACCGGGCAAUUUGCUGCGAGUUCAUGGGGUCAAUUGGACGGAGGUGAAGAAGAACAGCCUUAACGUCUCGAAUUUUCCAAGAAACACUGAUGACUGGAGUUGACCACAAAAGAAUCAUUGGUCAAGACCUUCUGUUACAGAGUAUCCUGGACCGCUGUCGAUGUUCGUGCUGUCUACGGAGCUAAUGGACGUCCACUGUGACGGUCCAGCGCCAGCUCAAGCUCUUGACAAGGUGUCAAUUACCAACAUAGAGCCAUCGAAUCCGUGCCUCUCGAAAACGACGAAGUCACUUGGUCGGCGGAUUUCGGUCCUCCUGCAGAGCUACUGCUCCGGCAUCCGUCGGCAACACGGUCCGCGACAGACUUUUAAGACCAGUCCCACGCGUAAUGUGAGUGCUGUCCAAGAGGUUACCUUUUUGUUCCGCAAACCCCCUGACCCAGGCGCAAAGUCUGAGUUCAGCACAGUGGGCAUUGUGUGCUUGGCCCACAACACAACUUUUAUUUUGCAGGCGGAACUUUCGACCCGUGUCAUUACGGCCUUGUUUGGUAUAACGGCUGGAUGGAGAAGCAUACGGCAAGGAAAUGGGGAGGGAAUCAUGGGCACGGCGAAUAAGUCUUUUGGAUAAAUCUUCUUGGCUCUUCCGUCGACUUCAUUAUCGAGCAACACUACGGCAUGAUCUCACGCCCACCAACGGCCGAUGUCACCAAGGUAUAUUUUAUUUCCUUUGUCUGGCAGGAACGGGGAAGAGAAACCUGUUGGGGAUUGUUUGGGAAGGAGAAAGCAGCAGACAACAAAGCUGUACAGAAAGGGCGACUUCACAAAGGCACUCGAUGUAGCACUUUGUUUCAUUGUGUUCCUGGGCGAUGGACCUGGAUGAUUAUUUCCUUUAUUCUUCUGCUCGGUGGACUUUUUGUACAGCCCGGCGUGGCCUUUGAGGACAGGACUUGACUUCAGGAUACCAAAUAGCGUUUGCGUUGCGGAACUGCGCGCUUGGGAUUGAUAUUGGGAUUGAUAUUGGGAUUGAACAAGAUAUCAACAUGAUAGGACUGGGUUGGAUUGGUUGGGAAUGGAUAGGACCCUAUUAGAGGUAUCGGAUGCAUGUAAGGGUGAAAUUGACAACCUCUUUAUGGCAG